CGUUUACGUCACAGUGACAGCGCUUCUAACAUGGCUGACAAGAGUAGUCAAGGGGACCCAAAGCCUGAAGCCAAUUUUGCAAAGAGAAUAGACCCUACAAAGGAAGAACUCAGUAGGGAACAACUGCAAUUUAUCCGACAAGUGGAAAUGGCCCAAUGGAAGAAGAAAACAGAGAAGCUCAGGGGUCGAAACGUUGCGACAGGACUCGCCAUCGGAGCUGUAGUACUUGGCAUUUACGGCUACACUUUCUACUCUGUAUCACAGGAGAAAAUAAUGGAUGAGAUAGAUGAAGAAGCAAGGAUUGCUAAAAUACACACUUCGAAGACAGGAGCCAACUGAACUGUCAUCUGUUUAUCUCUGCAUAUACUACAAAAAAUAACACAAGAAUGUUGCACUUGGCAUCCCUGACGGUCACCGAUGACUGCAAUUCAAACCGACGGCCAACAGAGGGCAGCAGAUACAUUUAACAAUUCCUCAUACCUGGAGACUCUUUAACACAUAAAUCUAGCCUGUGUUCAGUUGAAAUGAAAUAAUCAUUUGUCUUGACCGUAAAUAUUUUUCAUGGACUAUGGUAAUUCCGUGUUAUUGUAGAAACAUGGAAAGUGAAAUUCAUAAUAUCCACUGUUAUUAUGAUUUCUGCAGUAAUUACAUGUCAGCUUUACUGGAAGUUCUGCUUUAGGCACAGAUAUAUAAAUAAAUCAAUUAAUUUAAAAGAUUUGCAGCAAUUUGUUGUAAAAAUGUUUUUGUUUUGCCUUUUUUAUAAACACAAUAAAUGUGUCCUGAAUAUUA